AUUUUAUAAUUUCGCCUAAAUAUUUCCGGGCCAACAAAAACAAUAAAAGGUGGAGAUUGGUCAUCCAUGGCGAGUGUGGGCAUCAUCCUCUGCAACUACUCAGCAAUCACAACUCCCACUCUCCAUUUUGGAACCCCCAAAUCAACAUCAACCCCACUCCGACGACUUGUACUCAACUCUCCCUCCAUACCCAUAUCGCUUCGGAAGACGAUCAGAGGCUUGUCUGUGGUGACCCGAGCAGGUCCCGGCACUGGCACCUACAUCUUUGCAUUCGUCCUCCCUCUCUCUCUCCUCGCCGUCACUGUCUUCACUGCCUCCCGAAUCGCCGAUAAGCUCGACCGUGACUUCCUGCAGGAGAUGGCAAUUAAUGAAGCAAUAAUGGAAGCAGCAGAUGACGAUGGUGAUGAUGGUUUAUCUUUGGAGGAAAAAUCUGCAGUUCCUCGCACUCGUAACCGGCCGAAACGGGAAGCUGAGACUUCAUCCAUGUAGACUGGUUUUGUGAGUUUGUUAUUUUCUGGUAUAAUCUAUAUGAUCUUUUUUUUUAGCUGUACUUGUUUCUUGGAAACCAAAGAAUGUCAUGUGGUAUUCUGGUAACUGAUUUCGGAAACAAAAAUGGAAAGCACCUCCACUAAUUGAAGAAAUGUGAUCCAGGAGAAAAUUUCCCAAAAUGCUUGGUGCAUAGUUUUGUAUGGAUGUUUCUAUAGACCUGAUGCUCUCCUUGAACAUAACUUUUUGAGAUCGAAGGGUUUUAUGAGAUCAAAGGAUGUUUCACUUGCUUGUCGAA